AUGCCUCUGUUCAGCGCUCUGCCAAUCGACAUACGGCUUAUCGUGUACCAAUACUUCGAGCUCCACUGCCGCGACGAUACCUGGACCACGUCUUCAGCCUCUCGGCCAGCGAUCCGCAGGUUCGAUGGACUCACGCUGUUCAACCUAUUUCAAGCGGAUCCUUCACUAUGGACGGACCUUGAUCUGCUCAACACAAUAGUCCUUCGUGGCUACAUCAAGUACGAAAAUGCAUGCAUCCCGACCUAUCCGGCCCUGAUUGCUAUCCGCAAGGUUCUGGAGAGUCCUGCUCUACAUCCAAAGAUCGCAACGGACGUACGCAAAUGGGGUACCUUCGGUAUCAGGACUCUCCUGGAGAAGGUGCAAAGCAAGCCAUCAAAAUGA